AUGUCAGUCUCCUACACGCCCACAGAGUGCUCCAACACCCUGUCAGUCUCCUACAUGCCCACAGUGUGCCCCUAUACCCUGCCAGUCUCCUACAUGCCCACAAUGUGCUCCAUCACCCUGUCAGUCUCCUACAUGACCACAGUGUGCUCCUACACCCUGUCAGUCUCCUACACGCCCACAGUGUGCUCCUAUACCGUCAGUAUCCUACAUGCCCAUAGUGUGCUCUAUUACCCUGUCAGUCUCCCUACAUGCCCACAAUGUGCUCCAUACCCUGUCAGUCUCCUACAUGACCACAGUGUGCUCCUACACCAUGUCAGUCUCCUACAUGCCCACAGUGUGCUCCUACACCCUGUCAGUCUCCUACACGCCCACAGUGUGCUCCUACAUCCUGUCAGUCUCCUACAUGCCCACAGUGUGCUCCUACACCCUGUCAGUCUCCUACAUGCCCACAGUGUGCUCCUACACCCUGUCAGUCUCCUACAUGCCCACAGUGUGCCCCUAUACCCUGUCAGUCUCCUACAUGCCCACAAUGUGCUCCAUCACCCUGUCAGUCUCCUACAUGACCACAGUGUGCUCCUACACCCUGUCAGUCUCCUACACGCCCACAGUGUGCUCCUACACCCUGUCAGUCUCCUACAUGGCCACAGUGUGCUCCUACAACCUGUCAGUCUCCAACAUGCCCACAGUGUGCUCCUAUACCCUGUCAGUUUCCUACAUGACCACAGUUUGCUCCUACACCCUGUCAGUCUCAAACAUGCCCACAGUGUGCUCCUACACCCUGUCAGUCUCCUACAUGACCACAGUGUGCUCCUACACCAUGUCAGUCUCCUACAUACCCACAGUGUGCUCCUAUACCCUCCUACGUGCCCAUAGUGUGCUCCUACACCAUGUCAGUCUCCUACAUGCCCACAGUGUGCUCCUAUACCCUGUCAGUUUCCUACAUGAGCACAGUGUGCUCCUACACCCUGUCAGUCUCUUACAUGCCCACAGUGUGUUCAUAUACCCUGUCAGUCUCCUACAUGACCACAGUGUGCUCCUACACCAUGUCAGUCUCCUACGUGCCCAUAGUGUGCUCCUACACCAUGUCAGUCUCCUACAUGUCCACAAUGUGCUCUUACACCCUCCUACGUGCACAUAG